AUGCGGCUGUACCUGCGCGUCGUGCUGCUGUGUGUGGCCUGCGGCUUCGGCUCGCUGCUCUACGCCUUCAGCCAGCUCGGCGUGGCCUCGGAGGAAGGAGGCGGCGGCGGCGGCGGGAAGCCGCAGGCCGCAGAGGCUUCCUGGCUGGUGGGCGGCCGGCGAGGCGCUGCGGGCGUGGGGGAGUCUGCGGGCCUCGCGGCGCCUCGGGGCCGGCCGGGCAGUAGUGACAGGUGUAAGGAUUUCUCUCAGUGUUACUGGAAUUCAUAUUGGAUGCUGCCCUCUGAUGUUUGUGGAAUGAACUGCUUUUGGGAAGCGGCUUUUAGGUACGGUUUGAAAAUACAGCCUAUUGAGAGAAUUCACCUAGCUGUAGUAGCCUGUGGUGAAAGACUGGAAGAAACUCUAACCAUGUUGAAGUCAGCUCUUAUAUUCAGCCUCAGGCCUCUGCAGUUCCAUAUUUUUGCUGAGGAUCAGCUACAUGAUAGUUUCAAAAAAGUGCUUGACAGUUGGUCAUUUCUACAAAUAUUUAAUUAUUCAUUAUACCCCAUAACAUUUCCAAGUGAGAAUGCAGCAGAAUGGAAAAAACUCUUUAAACCAUGUGCUUCCCAGAGAUUGUUCUUGCCGUUAAUCCUGAAAGAAGUUGAUUCACUAUUGUAUGUGGACACUGAUAUCCUUUUUUUACGACCUGUUGAUGAUAUUUGGUCUUUACUAAAGAAGUUUAAUUCUACACAAAUUGCUGCAAUGGCCCCAGAACACGAAGAGCCUCGAAUAGGAUGGUAUAAUCGCUUUGCCAGGCAUCCAUACUAUGGUAAAACUGGAGUAAACUCUGGAGUUAUGUUGAUGAAUAUGACUAGAAUGAGGAAAAAAUAUUUUAAGAAUGAUAUGAUGACUGUACGACUGAAAUGGGGAGAUAUACUUAUGCCUUUGCUUAGAAAAUACAAACUCAAUAUCACGUGGGGUGAUCAAGAUCUGUUGAAUAUCAUAUUUUCUCAUAAUCCAGAGAGCCUUUAUGUUUUUUCAUGCCAAUGGAAUUAUCGACCCGAUCAUUGCAUAUAUGGAAGUAAUUGCCUAGAAGCAGAACAAGAAGGAAUUUUUAUCCUUCAUGGAAACAGAGGUGUUUACCAUGAUGAUAAACAGCCAGCAUUUAGAGCUAUUUAUGAGGCACUGAGAAAUUGCUCUUUGGAAGAUGACAACGUCAGUUCUUUAUUACAACCUUUAGAAUUGGAACUACAAAAGACAGUGCAUACAUACUGUGGAAAAAUUUACAAAAUAUUUCUCAAGCAGUUUACAAAAAGCAUAAAAGAACAUUACAGACCACCGAAGGAAAGGUGAUUCGUGGUGCCUGCUAAAUCAAGUGAAAUUAAAGCAAAUUUUCAGGAUGUGUGUGAAGAAACAUUCUUGACAGACAUGUUUAGGAAGAAAUUUUUCAUUUUCAAUUUUUUUCCCUAAAAAUGUUAAAUGAGCCAUAUUCAUUCAAUGAUGAAUCUUAGUUUUUGACCUCCUCCCCCAAAGGACAUUUUAUUAUCCCUGUUAUUUUAUGUUACUUGAUAUCUUUUUAGCAUUGAAAAUGUUAUUGAAUGGUUGUAGCUUACAGACAUUGGUUGACUUUCAGUCUCAAAUGUGUAAGCACAUUAGAAUAGUGGAAACAGUAGAUGUCAAAAGUGUACCUCACAUACAGCUGAAAUCCUCAUUCUAUGAAUACAGCAAUAAUGUCAGCACUAACCUCACUUUAAAUGCGUGAGAAAAGUUUACAGGAGCAGAAAAGUUUCUGUUUCUAAACGAAAUGUGAUGUAUUUGGUAUAACCAUAGACAAUCUAUAUGUGCCUUUAUAUAUUUCAUCUCUGUUCAUGUCGGUUUUUUGUGACAAUCGUGUUAAAGUUAUUUUUUUAGGUAAGUAAGCUGCAUGUUUAACAUUGCAAAAUAUAU